CCAACUUUAUUUCCCUCGUGGAGUAUUUCUGCUUUUUUUUUCAGCUUUUUUCUUCGUUUUUUUUUUUGGUUUUCAUGAUGAUUUUGGACUUACCCGGAGCCCACGUGCUGCUGCUGCUGCUGCUGGCGCUGCUCUGCGCUGGCGCCGCCGCCGACCUGGGCUAUCGGGCCAAUGCCGUGCAUCCAGACUAUCCGGGCCAGUGCUACCUUGAGGAACUGAAACAGCCGAUACCCAAAUAUCAAUCGUACAAGCCGAUCAAUCGGGCGGGCCACUGCAACUCCUUCUAUUGCCGACCGGACUAUGUUCUCGAGAUUGGCUACUGCGGUCGACACAAUCUGAUGCCCACGGAGAACUGUAAAAUUGGCACCGAUAUGCGACUCAUUUUUCCACACUGUUGUCCCAAGCUGAUCUGUCAAGAGCCGGAGUCCAAUGAUAUUUAGUUCUAUAUACAUAUAUAUUCCUAUACAAAUCAUAUUAUGCCUCCCAUACUAAAUAUUUUCAAUAAACUUUACAUUGCUUAACUGCUGAGUUUCUGAAUGUUCCGAAAGCA